CGACGGUUACGUAAACGAUCGACACAGUCGUGGUUUCCGUCUCCUGCCACGUGACAGAUCGAACCCACAGAACGGCGGCGCCUCCCGCUCCCGCCGCCUGCCUCGCCGGCCCGAUGGCCGCCGCGCCGUCGAGGUGCCUCCUCAUCACUGGCCCGCCUGGCGUGGGGAAGACGACGCUGGUCAUGCGGGUGUUCGAGACCCUCAGGGCAUCCCACCCGCACCUCAACAUUCGCGGCUUCUACACCCGGGAGGUGAGGGAGAGUGGAGAACGGGCAGGGUUCGAGGUCGUCACGCUAGACGGGCGAAGCGGGCCGCUGGCCUCAUCCAAGGUUUCCAGUCCAGAGUCUGCUAGACGGCCUACUGUUGGGAAGUACAAAGUAGAUAUAGCAUCUUUGGAAUCACUAGCAUUACCUGAGCUGCAGGUCAAGGAAGAAACAGAUCUCUUCAUCAUUGAUGAAGUGGGUAAAAUGGAGUUGUUCAGUUCAGCAUUUUUCCCGUCUGUAUUGAGAGUUAUUGAAUCCAAUACCCCAGUGUUGGCCACCAUACCAAUUCCUAGAUAUGGCCGGGACAUUCCAGGAGUUGCGAGGUUGAGGAAUCAUCCUGGAGCAGCUGUUUUCACCUUAAAUACCGGUAAUAGGGAUACGAUGAGAGAAACUAUCUACAAUCAGCUAAGCAGUUUGUUGCAGAAGAGGGAAUUUUCACCCAAAGAGGCACAAGCUUUUGCAGGGAUAUACAUGCAAGAGUGCCAGGUAAAGAACAGAUCAAAGCCUCUCCCGGCAUCUGUUACAAAUGUCCAAGAGGUAAAGACUAACCAGCUGGAGAUCAGGGGCAGGAGAUGUAGAAGUGGCAAGGGGAAGAUGGCGCGAGUGGGCAUAAUAAAGGCGAAGGGAAAACCAAAAGGAGGGUGGGUGUGGGCAAAGGCAGAAGCUUUCGCUUUCCCGGCUGUUGCUUUCCUUCCUCUUCAUGGGCUUUGCCAUCGAAGCAUACGCUGGAUCUCUGUGGCAGGAACCAUCAUGUUGCAGUACCUGGACUUCUCUCAUGCCAGCACCUCAAGGAAGUGGACACACAAGAGACAGGGUGAUGGAUUUGAAGCUCCGAGGAACAGCAUGGAGUUCGCCUUGGAGGCUUCCCACAGCUACGGUGUUUUCCAGGAGGAUGUCCCGUAUUCCUGCAAUAUGAAGCAAUACCCCAAAUCAGGGCUCAGCCACAGCUCUGUCCCAAUUAAGAAGCUAAUCCAUGAGGACAUUUCCUUCAGAACAAAUGAAAGUCAGAAGAGACCAGGUGUCAUCGCCAGAUUGAUGGGCAUGGAUUCACCCCCACUGAACACAACCACUGAACCCAGCAGCCAUUCAGAGGAAAGAAGGCAAGAGAUAAUCCCAAGGCCAAUGCCAAGAAGAGAUCCUGACGAAACGAUCUCAACCAAGCAUGUCUCCUUCGUGCAACACAAGGACUCCAUCAGACAUGCACCGAAGCAAGAGAUCCGCGCAUACGAGGAUGAGAGGGAGCUCUUUGGCCAGCUGAGCAAGAAGAGCAAUGGGGAAUGGAGUAACAAGCCGCAGCCGCGAGAGCACCCGCAGGAGGAGGAGCUGCAGAAGUUCAAGAAGGAGUUCGAGGCGUGGCAGGUGAGCAGGGUGUGGGAGCAUUCAAGAACUCUGGAUCUGGAUGGCCAUCUCGACGAUGACAAGUGCACAAACAUCGUGCCGUACAGGUACCAGCAUCAGCACAAAGGGAAAGAUGCCAACAAUGGCAGCAAACACAUGCACUCCAAUGACGAUGGGCAUUGGAGAAGAAGCAAGGAGAGCAGCACGUCGAUCUCCGGGAGCCGUACGUUCUCUCUGACAAGCGCGGACGCCUGUCCCACGAGGUUGCCUCUCUCGAGGUUCUACCACGAGGAGGAGGAGAGGUCGUUGUCGCCGACGAAGAUAGUCAUCCUGAGGCCCUGUCCGGAGCUGAGCACGGACGACAUCGAAGAGUCUUCGCUGGGGUCGCCAGAGCUGGUGAAGAAGGAGAACAACAUGGAGGCCUUCCUUGAGGAGGUGAAGAACAGGCUAAAGAUUGAGCUCGAGGGGAGGAUGACCUCAGACGACAAGGCGGACCGGUGGGGCGGAGGCGACAUCCCGGCCGAUCCGAAGCAGAUCGCACGGAACAUCGCCAACCAGAUCAGGGAGACUGUCACAAGGGACUUGCACCCGGCGUUGGUACGGUCGGAGUCGACACGGUCGUACCGCAGCGACGUGCCAUUUAACGGGCAGAGCCAGAUGGACUACAUCGGCAGAGAUGCCAGGAGGCAACUGUCUGACAGGCUGAAGAACGUGCUGAGAAGGGAGCCGGACGCCGAGCCGCCGUUCUCCCACCGGAGGACGGCCACCUCGACGUCGUUCGACGAGGAGCCAAGGCCCAAGCCGAGGCACGACGUGGCAUCAAGGAAGGUUAAGAUCAGGAGCAAGGAGGAAAAGAAGUGUGCGAUCGAGUCCGACGUCAGGUCCUUCAGACAUGGAUCGUACAAGACACCAGUCCAAAUCGACUCUGGGCCAGUGUCGCCGAGAAACCUCAUCAGGUCGUUCUCGGCGCCGGUGUCGGGGACGACCUUCGUGAAGCUGCUCUCGGAGGAGCCGCGGGUGCUGACUGGAGCACGGCUGCAGCGCAAGCAAGAAGGCCACGGGAACAGGCCGUCGUCAGAGGAGAGGAAAGGGAGGAAGGACGCGUUCAACAUCAAAGGCAGGGUGUCCAACUUGAGGCAGAACCUGGGGCUCAGAGCGAAGCUGUUCGGCAAGAAGUUUCACUCCGCCGACGAGUCGUUUCCCGACGACCUUCCUCCGAUCGGUACACUCAUCACCGCCCCUUCGGUUCUCAUACACCCCGGCGUCCUCCAGGAGAACUCCACCGAGGUGCCGCCGAGCCCGGUGUCAUGGUGCAGCAGCCCACCCGAUGAGACGAUCAGGGGAGGCUACCCGAGUCCUGUGUCGCCAUUGGAAGCCUCCUUUAGCGAGCACCGUUCUCCCUUGAGGACGGCAGCUAAGGACAUGAGCUCAAGUGCUUCUGAACCAGGGAACUUGUCAGAACAAGUCCAGACUGAAGAACUCGCUGAGCCAAGUCCUGUCCAGGAUGACGACUCGGACGAGAUGGAUCACCCCAUCAAAUCCUUCGUCAGGGCGGUUCUUGUCGUUGCUGGCCUUUACGGCCAGAGGAAGAGUCCUGACAACUUGUUAUCAGACUGCGAAGCGAAGCCGAUCCCCAAGUGGGUGUUGGAGGAAGUCGAGCCAUCGUCCUCAAACCCGGCGGCAUCAUCAGACGGCAGCGCGGCGACCGUCGACCACCGGCUCCUCUUCGACCUGAUCAACGAGGCGCUGCCGGGAGCCGUCCGGGCCUCGACGACGCUGUGCACGUUCGACAAGUGGCACGCGGCGGCGCCAAGAAGAGUCCCCAGUGGCAAGAAGCUACUGGACGUGCUGUGGAAGUCUGUGCAGGUGUGGCUAGAACCGCCGAGCGACUUGUCGAGGUCGAGCUCCGUGGACGGGCUGAUCGGCCGUGACCUGAGUGUGUCGUCGUGGAACGGCAUGUUCCGCGACGACGCCAACGCACUGGGCCAGGAGGUGGAGGCGGAGAUACUGGACGAGCUGGUCGACGAGACUGUGUGGGAUGUGCUCCUCAACGUGGGGGACUGAUUGCGUUCUGAUGGGUCUCUUCUGACGAGUAUACUUGUAUAUUUUGGGGUGCUUUUUUCAACCUCUUUUUCUGAUCGAGUGUUGCCCGGAUUUGUGAUGAGGUGUUGUUGAGUAAGAAGUGUUACUAAGUUCGUGUGUGAAAGGAUGCUGAAUUGUCCUAGAAAUGCAUAAAGAAGCAAAAAGAGAGUGAAGAAAAGAAAACUUAAAUGCUUGGUGUCGUUUGGUCUA